AUGGCGUGUGUGGCAGACACUUUCCGUGGGUAUACAUACUUCAUCCUUGCAGCUCAAAGCCAGAUUUCUUUGGCAGGGCGUCACAGCACACAAAUGGAACUGCUACUCACAUCUUAUCCAAUCAUCCAGACAGGGCGGGCCGCGAACUACCGUUCAUGCACGUUUGAGGCCUGGGUGGAUCUGGAACCAGGCCGUGAGAACGGAAGUGCAUGCCGGAAGAGGAUGACUUCAGGUUUGGAAAAGAUUCCUAAUCUGCUCUUAUUGGGACUGGGCGUUCAAGUGGCUGCAGCCAGCUCUUUCGGGGAAGGAGUUGUGUGCUCACGAGGGUAUGGAUACUUUUCCUUCCGGCAAGUCUGGAACUAG